GCACCGCGGAGCCCGCCCGCCGUCACUCCGCGGCCAGGCCGCCCGCCGUCACUUCCGGGCCCUACGGCAGCCGGCGCGGGUCAAGCGGCGCGCGGCGGCGCUGCGCGAGCGCGUCAGCGCGCCUGUGCGCCAUUUCCGGCUGGCGGCGGCGGGAGCACCAUGCCCAAGUUUUACUGUGAUUACUGUGACACGUACCUCACGCACGACUCGCCCUCCGUGAGAAAAACCCACUGCAGUGGCCGCAAGCACAAGGAGAACGUGAAGGAUUAUUACCAGAAAUGGAUGGAGGAGCAAGCCCAGAGCCUGAUUGACAAAACAAUAGCGGCUGCAUUCCAGCAAGGGAAAAUUCCACCGACGCCGUUCUCGGCACCGCCUCCGGCCGGAGCCAUGAUUCCACCUCCUCCCAGCAUCCCUGGCCCCCCCCGGCCCGGCAUGAUGCCAGCCCCACACAUGGGGGGGCCCCCCAUGAUGCCAAUGAUGGGCCCACCCCCUCCAGGAAUGAUGCCAGUUGGACCUGCUCCUGGGAUGAGGCCGCCCAUGGGAGGACACAUGCCAAUGAUGCCAGGGCCCCCAAUGAUGAGACCCCCCUCCAGACCCAUGAUGGUGCCAACCAGGCCAGGAAUGACCCGUCCAGACAGAUAAAGCUGGAGGUGGAGCUGCCUUUUCAUAUUAGGACCUUCCCUAUGACAAACACCACAGACCUGUGUCCCUGGGGCUUUGUACUCAGUGUGUAGAGGGAUUCUGCUGUAACCUCAGCGUAUGAAUGGACACACCCUGCACUGACUUGUACGAGGUCUGGCUUUAUGGGUGUCUCUUCAAUUGUAUUAUUUUUUUCCCCCUCCCAUUGAAUAAAAACAAGAAUAAACAUUGAUGUUGUUUCCA